GAAAACAUUUAUAUGGCACUCCAAGCCAGUAUUUUCACUAAGUCCUGCUUCCACCGAGGCGUUUAUAUGCCAACUCUUCCGUCCAAAUUUCGGGGGAGACAAUGCUUGGCUUCCACAAACUCAAUGGCUGCAGCAGCCCUGCAAGGCUCUCCGCUGUCGGCAAACACUCACCAAGAAGUCUUUCGUCCUUUGGCAGACUUCCCCCCGGAUAUAUGGGGCGACUGUUUCAUGUCUCUCUCGCUCGAUAACUUGGAAUUUGAAUCACUCUGUAGACAAGUAGAGGUGUUGAAAAAGAAGGUGAAGGGCAUGUUAUCGGCUCCGAGUGACCAAGUAGAAAAAAUCCUCUUGAUCAACUCUCUAUGCCGCCUUGGAUUAUCGUACCACUUUGAGAAUGAGAUUGAAGAGCAAUUAAGUUACCUUUUUGUUUCAUUAUCUAAACAUAUGGAUGAUAAAGACUAUGACUUGGAAACAGUUGCAGCGAUAUUUCAAGUUUUCAGGCUACAUGGUUAUCGAAUGCGCUGUGAUGUGUUUAACAAGUUUAAGGAGGGUGAUGGUGAGUUCAAGGAAGUGUUAGCUAGUGAUGUCAAGGGCAUCCUAAGCUUGUAUGAAGCUAGCCAGUUCAGAAUAAAUGGCGAGAAAAUUUUAGAUGAAGCCCUUGCUUUCACAACGAAGCACUUAGAGUCCUUGACAGACCAAUCAAGUCCCCAUCUUAGAGAAUACAUAGGAAACGCUUUGAACCGACCUUAUCACAAAGGCAUGCCGAGAGUGGAAGCAAGGCAAUAUAUAACUUUCUAUGAAAAAGAAGAAUCGCCCAAUGAAACAUUGCUCAAGCUCGCAAAAUAUGAUUUUAACCGAGUCCAAUUUCUACACCAGCAAGAAUUAAGCAUCCUUUCGAGUUGGUCCAAAGACUUGAACAUAGCAUCACAACUUUCUUACGCCAGAAACAGAACGGUGGAGAUCUUUUUUUGGACAGUUGGAUUUUAUUUCGAGCCACGUUAUGCACUUGCCCGAAACAUAUUCACUAAGCUGCUGAUCAUCUUAGGAUUUAUAGAUGAUACCUAUGACGCAUAUGGUACCUUCGAAGAACUCCAAUGUUUCACAGAUGCAAUACAAAGGUGGGAUAUUAGUGCCCUUGAUCAGCUGCCCGCAGAUUAUUUGAAAUUUCUUUAUGGGGCACUCCUUAAUGUUUAUGAUGAAGUGGAUAGAAUGGUGAGCAUGGAUGGGAGAUGUUACAGCAUGUCUUUUACCAAAGAUGAGUUGAAGAAAAUUGUUAUUUCCUACCUGGUUGAAGCUCAGUGGACGCAUGAAGGUUAUAUGCCAACAUUCGAUGAGUAUUUGGACAUUGCAUUACAUUCAAGUGCAGCCAUUCUAGUGAUUGCUGAAGUCUUGGUCGGAAUGGAAGAAGCAGAUGCCAAUGUUUUUGAAUGGUUGAGACAAGGUGACAGUAAAUCUCUUGCAGCAAUAAAAAUAAUUGGCCGUCUCUAUGAUGACAUCGCAACCAAUGAGGAUGAGGAAAAGAGAGGACUAGUUGCUUGUGGAAUCAAAUGUUAUAUGAAGCAAUAUGGCGUUUCAAAGGAAGAAGCUAUUGAAGAAUUUCGAAAAAGACUUGUCAUUGCUUGGAAUGAGCUUAAUGAAGAUCAUAUGAGGCCAACGACUGUCCCAAUGGAAAUCCUUAAUCGUGUUCGUAACAUUGCAUGUGUAAUAGAUCUUACAUACAAGGAUGAGGAUGGAUUUACCAUGUCUGAGAAAAUUUUGAAAGACCACAUUACCAAAGUGCUCAUUGAGCCCAUUCCUAUUUGAGAAAAGGCAUUCCAUGUCUGUACAAGUACGACUACAUAUUGUAUUUGCAAGUUA